AUGCAGACAACUCACUCUUCCGAGAGUUUGCGGAACCCCCGCGGGAAGAACAAACGCGCAAAGGUAGCGAAGGCAACGCCCGCACCUUCCAGAGAAUUAGUGGUUCCGGCACCCCGGGAUCAGCCACACAUCCCCAGGAAGGUCUACUCCGAUUGCCGACAUCGGAUUAACGACCGGGAACGUCACAAUGACGAUCGGGAGCCAGAGAGAGAGAGGUCACCGAUCAGGAUUGGCGCUCGGAUAAGGGACUCGCGGAUGAGAACCCUGGGAGAUAGGUCGCCUAUUCGGAAGAUCAGGGGACUAGGCCCUGCCGAGUCGUCGGAAUCCGAGUACGUCCCUUCCAAGACACCUCCAGACUACCGUUCGGCAACACCUUCGCGGUAUGCGAGGGAUAAUUUACUAAACCUACAAAGGCAAUCGGAAGAUUACAGUUCCGAAGAGAUCCCUAGCCGAAACCCCAUGGUCCGACUCCUUUUUCAGAAAGUCCAGAAAAUGGAAAACGACAACGCCCGCUCCCAGGGGCCCGAGUGGGGAAAGCUUCGACCGGGGCCAUUCACCAGGCGCAUCCGGGACUCUCGGCAGGAUCGGGAAGGGCAGCAGCUUCGGAUACCGUUUUAUACGGGCACGGAAGACCCCUUAACCCACCUUCACUCAUUUCAGUCCGCCAUAGGAUGCAAGGGCUUGAGCGAUGAAGGGCAGUGCCUGCUAUUCCCGUCUUCCCUUACCGGGGCAGCCCUGAACUGGUUCUACCGGUUAGAGCCAGAAACGGUAGAUUCCUUCGACGAACUGAAGCAGAUUUUCCUCAACCACUUCAUGAUUCAAACGGACCGCCUUUACUCUGCCGAUGACCUGUACACAAUUCGGCAAGGAGAGGACGAACCGUUGAGGGAAUACGCGGCGCGUUUCAGUCACGAGUACUCAAGGUGUCCGGAGACAGACGACAGGGCAGCCUACGGCGCUUUAAGAGUGGCCUUCGGUCCUCGCAUUUCCGAUACCUAG